UUUAGCAAUGAAUAUAAUUUUCCUCCUCUUCCUCUUCUGAUUUCCCCUCCACUAAAAAUGCUCUUUGCCUGCCUUCCUUUCAUUCCUUUUUGUCAUCAAUUUUUAUGAUUUCCUUCUUCUCUGCAAAUCUCUCUCCAUUUUCCUUCAAAUUAGGGCUUUUCUUUUUCCUUUUUUGUAAAAAAAUCAUAAAUUUGAGUACUAGUUAACUCCAACAGAAACAGUUGUUCCUUAACAUCAGGGAACAAGAACUACUCUUGUUUAAAGAAAAAAGAUCAAAACUCCACUGCAAAAAUGGCAUCAUCAUCAUCAUCAUCAAGCUCAUACAACUCACCAUGCGCAGCCUGCAAAUUCCUUCGAAGAAAAUGCAUGCCAGGUUGCAUUUUCGCACCUUAUUUCCCACCCGAAGAACCCCAAAAAUUCGCCAACGUUCACAAAAUCUUCGGCGCCAGCAACGUCACCAAACUCCUCAACGAACUCCUCCCUCACCAGAGGGAAGACGCCGUCAACUCCUUAGCUUACGAGGCGGAGGCAAGAGUCAGGGACCCAGUUUACGGCUGCGUAGGGGCAAUUUCGUACUUACAACGCCAAGUUCAAAAGCUUCAAAAGGAGCUUGAUGCGGCCAACGCCGAUUUGCUUCGCUACGCUUGCCAUGAAAUCAAUUCAACCACCGUAGCAAUGCAGGGGAUCGGGGUGGUCCCUCCACCACCGCCGCCUCCGCCGCCUAGGCCGCCACACGAACAGUUUGGAAACUAUUAUCAUCAGCCGUCGUCGUCUGAUAUUAUGUUGCAACCGUCGUACCCGAUUAUUCCAUGGAAUGUCGACAUGAAUGUUGUUAAUCAAAGAGGAGGAGGUGAUAAUAAUAAUAAUCAAGGUAACAUGUGAUCAUCUUAUAGAGUUAUAGCUCCCCACCUAGCUAAGAAAGCUACCUAUUUUUGAGAAGGCAUAAUGAAUUAAGGUGAGAAUUCAUUAUUACUCAUCAUCAUAAUAUAUCUAUAUUAUUAUUAGCUAUUCUUUAGCUAGGUUAUAUAUUGCUCUCUUUAUUUGAACCACUACUUUUAGUUGGGGGUCAUUUGGAGUUUCUAAAAAAAAAAAAAUUAUGGGGUGCUACAUAUUUUUGGGGGCAUAUAUAUAUGUGAAAUAAUUCAAAUUUUGUAUUCCAUGGAUCAAUUUUGAUGUUUUAAUUGUAAUGCAAUAUAUAUGGAUAUAUCUUAAUUUGUUA